AUGACUGCCCUAGUAGAUACCGGUGGCGAGGAAAUCUUUGUGUCGCAAUCUUUUAUCAAAGAGACGCAGAUUCCUAAACCUGAACACGCGCCAACAAUGGUGCGUGCCAUCGACGGUCAUCAAAUACCCUCGUAUGGGAAGCAUGAUCUGGUCUUUGGCCUCGCGGACAGUCGAGGAAAAAAGCAAGAGCAAACCUUGAAGGCGUAUGCUGUGGAUAUGCGAGGAUACGACCUUAUUCUUAGUUUCCCUUGGAUCUAUGAUGUCGAUCCGGAUAUCCAUUGGCGCGAGCAGUUCUGGACCUACCGCGAUUUUCCUGUGAGCGAUGAGAAGCAAGCAGAUAUCGCAAUGGUGGACGUGGAGCACUUUGCGUCAUUGGCCAAUGCAGCAGUUACGCAUGGCCUGGGACAAGCGUUUAUCGCACUCUUAUAUCAGAUUCUAUCUGAAAGCAGUGAAGAUAAUUGCGAUGAAGCUAUGCGGUGUGGUGCCACGUAG